CCAGUCUACAAAAUGCGAUUCUUGCUGGCUUUAUGUUUCCUCGCCGCCAUGGCGUACCGGUCCGAGGGUACUACCACGUGCUGUCCAGAUCGAUUCUUGAAGGUGGAUGACUGGUGCUACUACUACAACUCUGAGAAGAAGACCUGGUUCGACGCAGACGUUGCCUGUAGGCUACUCAACGCACAUCUGGUCAGCAUCCACAGCAUGGCUGAGAGUCAGGAGAUCUAUAAUGUGUGGACAAGCUUUGAGGAUUCUAGUUUUGCUGAUGACAGAGAUAGAGGAUAUUGGAUCGGUUUCCACGACACAGUUCAGGAACAAAGUUGGGAAUGGACCGAUGGCACUGAUACUUCCUUCAAAUACUGGCAACACAACGAACCCAACGACGAUAGAGGGGAGGACUGCGCUGCUCUUCGUAACGAAGGCGAUAACGAAGCUGACCGCCAGGAAUGGAACGACUACGACUGCGACGAAAGGAAAUCUUUUAUGUGUAAAACACCUGCAGUUUAGAUGAAGAUCUAUCAUAAACAGAGCGGAUCCAUUAUUUUGCAGGGGGAGGUGGGGCUUUUCCGUUCUCGAAAAAUGUUGAAACAAUGAAAUGAUAAUAAAAAUAAUAAAUUAAUAAAUUAAAAAGAGGUCCACACUUCUGGAUGAUGGGAAUUUACGUAAUGCAAAAUCUUACAAGUGAAGAAAAUGUACAAAAGUCUUUACUUGCGUAUGCACGACAUAUUCCACCAAAACUUAGAUUAAACAAAAUGGCUUUCCACGAAAGGGGAGGGGGCCCGACGUGCCACUCCCCCUAGAUUCUUCAACUUAUUACAGGAAUGAAGGGACAUUUUUCAGUUCGCGAUAAAACAAAACAGAAAAGAACAAGAUAAACAAUGAAGAAACAGGAAAAGGAAUUCAAGACAAAAGUGGAAAAAGAAGAAAGUUUGAUUACAUAUACAUGUAUAACUCUCUGUAAAAGAAAUGUUUCUGUUGCCCGCCCUCUAUCGAUCUAAUAUGACGAUGCUCCUGUGUCAUCACUGUAAAAACUGUGGUGUUAAAACUGACAUCAGUUGGUGUUAUAGAGGACCACACCCUGAGGUGUUAAA